CCUCCUUCGUCCCGAUGCCCAAAUUGUGAGCCUAGCCCUCCAUCUGAAAAUUCUUCAGGCACUUCGAAUUGAAGAUCAGCUCCAAACCUAUCCUUCCUUUAUCAAAACCGAAUUCGCCGAGGAAAUGAGUACAACGAUUUACAUGUUGUUGCGUCAUGGAUGUGGAGAAAUGGUUCUCUCUAUGUUUGAAAUCAAGAUCCCAAAAGAUGAAACAGCGGAACCUCAUCAUCUCUCUGCGAUUCUUGAAUUUCCGAAACGAAAAUAUCCCAGAGGAAUGUGCUCCGUCUAGUUGGGGUCUGAAUUCUACUUUCUUGGUGGGGAACACGACUUGGAGGAUCCCAGGGCUCCUUUUGAUCAAUGGUUCCCAAAAGACGUGUAUAUCUUUGACCCUAUUGACAGCAAAGGUUCGAUGAAAAGGGGUGUGUCUAUGAACACAGGAAAAGUUGAUCCAUGUGCAGUUGUGGCUGAUGGUAAGAUUUUUGUUCUUAGUAGCGGCAUUGCGGUUGACUUCACUCUACCUUGUUGUAACGAGAAAGGGAUGCCCAUCGAUGAUUCUAUCAGAUUCUUUGAAUGCUUUGAUCCUGAGAGCGAUAAAUGGAUGGUUCUUGAUGAUCCGCCAAUAGGUAUUCCGAUCUGGUGGCACUUCUCCUUUGUUGGCGGAAGGUUUAUUUUCUUUGUUGGCAGUGAUAGAGACGAUUUCAGGGUACUUUCAGUCUUCAAUCUGGACACCUUAGAAUGGACAUCCUCGACGAAGUUGGAGAAAGAGAAGAUUACCGCUGACGAUUUGCUCAUUUUUACUGCAGUUGGGGAACAUAGCAGCGACAAAUACCUGUAUGGUUUGCAUGGACUUAUCAACAACCGUAUCUUAAGGUUAGGGCCCUUGUCUAAUAUAGACCAAAAUCCAAGAAUGUUCAGCAGCCUCCCAAUCAAGACUAUAUCAAUGAGGGAACAAGUUGACUCUUUUUAUGAAUUGGACUGUAGCAGUUUUAUUUUGCACUUGGGGAAUCGGCGUUUCUGUUAUCUGCACUCUGGGUCUCCUCAUGGUUUUGGAUUUCCUGCUACUGUUCAAGAUGAUUACCCCCGCAAUCUUAAAUUGUUUGUCUUCGAGGAAACCAACUGCAGUGCAUCCGAAUUUAAUCCAAAAAUUGUUUAUUCUGCCAGUUUUGAGAUCAAAACUUCAUUCAUUAAUAAGGGUGAUAUCAUGAACUGCCAUAUCCUUAGCCCAGGAGAGAAGCAUGAGAGCAUGAAGAGGAAACAAGAAGAUAGCUGGAAGCAUGAGGGCAUGAAGAGAAACAAGAAGAUAGCUGGAAGCAUGAGAGCAUGAAGAGAAACAAGAAGAUAGCUGGAAGCAUGAGAGCAUGAAGAGGAAACAAGAAGAUAACUGACAAAGGUCUGUGGCAAUGUUGUGGACGCCUUUGUGGGACAGCACUACUGCAGCAGAAUUCGUUGGGAUCCAGUAUCUUUUAUUUAUUUCAGUUGUUAUUUUUGUAUGCAUAAAUUAGGGGAUUAGCUUUAGUAACUAAUUUCCUUAAUAUUAGUAAUUUCCUUUACAUUAGGAUGAUUUUAUUUCCUAUUUAACAGAAACUUAUUUAUGGAAUUUCUUUAUGCCAAGUAAAGCCUCUAUAACAGGCUGAGUAUUAUGAAAUAAAGGAAGAAAAAAUAUUAUCUCAAUUGUUAUGUGAGGUUUGAGACUCUCUCUCAACUAGUCUUGAGGUCUUGGGCUCUCUCCGACGAGUCCUGCUUUUUCUUUUCUGUCAUCAUAGGUCCAUCAAGAGGGAGAAAUCGCAACAAAGGGAACUGCAAGCUCUUAUCCGCGAGAUGUCAGAACAAAAUGCAGCGAGAGUUGCCCAGGUGGAGGCGCAGGUUCAAGAUCUAACUCGGCAACUGAGAGAAUUCAUGUCUGUCAUGGGUGGGACCAAUGAAAAGGGAACGGACAUUGGAAUCAGCGGCAGUUCUUCACGUCUGAACACUGCUACAGGGCCCGAAGAAAGACUAGAGCUGCGACAGACUGGAGGCAUGGUGCCGAGGUAUGCCAAGUUGGAAUUUCCAACAUAUGAUGGUUCUUAUGAUCCCCUCAUCUGGCUCUAUUGUUGUGAGCAAUUUUUUCUUAAUCAGAAGACACCAGAAACAGAGAAGGUUAGCCUCGCAACUUUUCAUAUGAUCGGGGAGGUGCAAUUAUGGUUUUACAAGUUGGAACAGGAGGAAGCAGGCUUGCUUUGGCAUUCUUUUAAAGAAUACUGCAAUCUAAGGUUUGGGCCAUUACUGAGAGGUAAUCCCCUCGGGGAACUGAUCAACUUGAAGCAAACAGGGACAGUGGAGGAAUACCAGAAACAGUUUCAGAGCUUGCUAGCUCGUGCUAAUUCAGUUCGUACAGAUCAACAGGUCAAUUUUUUUACUGCAGGAUUAUUUGAGGUGAUUCGUUUGGAUGUGGAGAUGCAAAAUCCGCCCAAUUUGGGGACUGCAAUGAACUUGGCGAGGGCCUUUGAGAAGAAGCAACAAUUAGCAAGUGUGAGCAACAGCCAAUGCAACUUCUGGAAUAAUUCCAGAAUUACUGCACCUGCUCAAUCUGUAACAAAACCAACAGGUUCAGGAGGGAAUAAUGCACCAGCUUCUAGGGGGGAAAGUGUAAUUGCACCCUUCGUCAAAAGGCUGUCUAGAACUGAAAUGGCUGAUCGGAGGGAAAAUGGACUUUGUUAUAAUUGUGAUGAGCCAUACACAUUCGGCCAUCAAUGCAAAAAGUUGUUUUGGCUUGAAUUGGAAGAGGGAGCUAUAACCGAGACCGAGGAAAGUGAGAAUGUCGCAGUUGCAGAACCAUCCAUCUCCCUGCAUGCCAUCACCGGCCUCCAGCAUUCCCGGACUAUGCAAUUAAUAGCCAACAUCAAAGGUUGUUUAGUCACAGUAUUAAUCGAUUCAGGUAGCACACAAAACUUCAUCAGCAAAAUUGCGGCACAAAAAUUGGGAGCAACCUUGGAUUCUCAAAGUGCUUUGCAAGUGGCAGUGGCGAAUGGAGAAAAGAUUCAUAGUAUGGGCACGUGCAAGGAGACUAUUCAAGUAUCAGGUGAACACUUCCCUGUCGAUUUAUAUGUUAUCCCACUGGACGGAUUUGAUGUGGUUUUAGGUGUACGAUGGCUGAUGACAUCGGGUCCCAUCUGGUGGAAUUUUUCAACUCUCACUAUGUGUUUUGAAUUGGGAAAUAGACAGGUCACCUUGGAGGGGCUCCAACCUGAACAUAGACCAAGACUACAACUUCUGAAUGAACAGCAAGCAUAAGGAUUAGAGGGAAUUCUUGAACAAUUUGCUGAUUUGUUUCAAGAACCCAAGGGGCUACCUCCCAUUCAUUCAUGUGAUCACCGUAUAUUCUUAUUUCUGGGUUCAGCACCUGUGGUAGUUCGGCCUUACCGAUAUCCUCAUAUUCAGAAAGAAGAAAUUGAGAAGCAAUGUGAGGAAAUGCUUAGCCAAGGAAUCAUUUGUCCUAGUCAUUCCCCUUACUCAUCACCAGUUUUGCUUGUUAAAAAACGAGAGGGCACAUGGCGUUUCUGUGUCGACUACCGGGAGCUUAGUACUAAAACAAUUAAAGAUAAAUAUCCAAUUCCAGUAGUGGAUGAAUUAUUGGAUGAACUCAAUGGUGCUCGGUACUUCACAAAAUUAGAUUUGAAAUCGGGAUAUUUCCAGGUCCGUAUAGUGGCUGAAGAUGUGGAGAAAAUAGCCUUUUGCACUCAUCAUGGGCACUUUGAAUUUCUGGUUAUGCCAUUCGGCCUCACCAAUGCUCCAUCCACCUUCCAGGAAUUAAUGAAUGAGGGAAUUUUGGUGGUGACCAAAUGGAGAUUGAAGCAACAAUUGGUUACAAAUAGAUCUAUUAUUUUGUGGCAGAGGCUGUAGCACAUGCAACUUCAUUCCACAUAUUGACAUACAUGCAAAUUCUUGUAUAUCUGAUGGAGUCUUUCUUUAAUAUUUUGUUUUCAAGCUGGCUUUGUGUUUUAUUUGUUGCUUUGUAAGACUCUUGUCGCUGUUCCAACCAUGGAAAUGGUUUUAGUUUGAAAUUUCUUGGACUUGGAUUAAUUUAUUUUUAUUUUUAUUUUCUUGGCAUUUCAGAUCAGUUGGACUAACAUUUUCUAUGAUGUUUAUUCCCUAUCUACAAUCUAAUAAGCCAUUAGUUUGAAUUGUUGCCUGAGUUCCAUUGAUGGCACCUAGUGAUUCUAAAUUAGGCAAUUGAGAAAAAGUUUCAUCUCUGGAUAGUAAAUUACGAUAGCACUAGCAAAGUAAUUUUGGUGAGAAUAAGCAGCUGAUGCAUUUAGUCAUAUAGCUACUGUUCUUCAUGAAAUGAGUGAACAUGUCAUUGGUUUCGAUAGGGUGAGAGAUGAUGAUGAUACUUGUUCUGAUUUUGGUCUCAUUUUCUAAUGGGAAAUUGCCUAAUACGGUUUGUAGUUUAAUGCAUCCAUAAUCAUAAGCAUAAAUAAAGUCAUUAGGAAACUGUCAUUAAUUUGCAAGCACUUAUUCUAGUGAUUUGAUAUAUAAUAUGGUAUUCUUGCGGUUCCACAAUCCAAACAAGCUUCUAUUUGAAUACACUGCAGUGUUCUGCCUUUGAGGAGGCUUGCUUUGUUGUUUUUGUUCAUAUGGUGAAUAAUUGAACUACUUGUUUUGAAAACUUGUAAGUGUUUGUUUGUGUAAAGAUCGAUGUACAAGAGUAGUGCCUGAUUUGGAAAUGAAUAGGCGUAUGAAUUUGGAAGACAGAUUUUAAGAUCUCUGUGUUAUCUUCUACUCAUUGCAUAGUAUUCAAGAGACAUGAUUAUUCAGUUGUGUAAAUUUUGAUGUUGUGGCUAUAAACACCCAGGGAGAGAAUUUAUUUAGUCCUUGCAUUUUCAUUUUUUCCCCUCUUUUUAUUAAUAGGAAUCUUUUAAAUCUUUUUAUUCUAUAUAACAUGGAAGGACAUGGUGAUUUUAUUUUAUAUGAUUGUGGUUGCAUUAAACUGUAUUAUGCAAUUUACUGUUAGAAAAUGAUUAUGUUUAUAGCAUUUGGUUUGUUAUAAUUUCAUAUAAUUUAACACAAUUGUGAAAUAAACUUUGCAGGGAAUUUUGGUGGUGACCAAAUGGAGAUUGAAGCAACAAUUGGUUACAAAUAGAUCUAUUAUUUUGUGGCAGAGGCUGUAGCACAUGCAACUUCAUUCCACAUAUUGACAUAAAUGCAAAUUCUUGUUUAUCUGAUGGAGUCUUUCUUUAAUAUUUUGUUUUCAAGCUGGCUUUGUGUUUUAGUUGUUGCUUUGUAGGACUCUUGUCGCUGUUCCAACCAUGGAAAUGGUUUUAGUUUGAAAUUUCUUGGACUUGGAUUAAUUUAUUUUUAUUUUUAUUUUCUUGGCAUUUCAGAUCAGUUGGACUAACAUUUUCUAUGAUGUUUAUUCCCUAUCUACAAUCUAAUAAGCCGUUAGUUUGAAUUGUUGCCUGAGUUCCAUUGAUGGCUCCUAGUGAUUCUAAAUUAGGCAAUUGAGAAAAAGUUUCAUCUCUGGAUAGUAAAUUACGAUAGCACUAGCAAAGUAAUUUUGGUGAGAAUAAGCAGCUGAUGCAUUUAGUCAUAUAGCUACUGUUCUUCAUGAAAUGAGUGAACAUGUCAUUGGUUUCGAUAGGGUGAGAGAUGAUGAUGAUACUUGUUCUGAUUUUGGUCUCAUUUUCUAAUGGGAAAUUGCCUAAUACGGUUUGUAGUUUAAUGCAUCCAUAAUCAUAAGCAUAAAUAAAGUCAUUAGGAAACUGUCAUUAAUUUGCAAGAACUUAUUCUAGUGAUUUGAUAUAAUAUGGUAUUCUUGCGGUUCCACAAUCCAAACAAGCUUCUAUUUGAAUACACUGCAGUGUUCUGCCUUUGAGGAGGCUUGCUUUGUUGUUUUUGUUCAUAUGGUGAAUAAUUGAACUACUUGUUUUGAAAACUUGUAAGUGUUUGUUUGUGUAAAGAUUGAUGUACAAGAGUAGUGCCUGAUUUGGAAAUGAAUAGGCGUAUGAAUUUGGAAGACAGAUUUUAAGAUCUCUGUGUCAUCUUCUACUCAUUGCAUAGUAUUCAAGAGGCAUGAUUAUUCAGUUGUGUAAAUUUUGAUGUUGUGGCUAUAAACACCCAGGGAGAGAAUUUAUUUAGUCCUUGCAUUUUCAUUUUUCCCCCUCUUUUUAUUAAUAGGAAUCUUUUAAAUCUUUUUAUUCUAUAUAACAUGGAAGGACAUGGUGAUUUUAUUUUAUAUGAUUGUGGUUGCAUUAAACUGUAUUAUGCAAUUUACUGUUAGAAAAUGAUUAUGUUUAUAACAUUUGGUUUGUUAUAAUUUCAUAUAAUUUAACACAAUUGUGAAAUAAACUUUGCAGGGAAUUUUGGUGGUGACCAAAUGGAGAUUGAAGCAACAAUUGGUUACAAAUAGAUCUAUUAUUUUGUGGCAGACGCUGUAGCACAUGCAACUUCAUUCCACAUAUUGACAUACAUGCAAAUUCUUGUAUAUUUGAUGGAGUCUUUCUUUAAUAUUUUGUUUUCAAGCUGGCUUUGUGUUUUAGUUGUUGCUUUGUAGGACUCUUGUCGCUGUUCCAACCAUGGAAAUGGUUUUAGUUUGAAAUUUCUUGGACUUGGAUUAAUUUAUUUUUAUUUUUAUUUUCUUGGCAUUUCAGAUCAGUUGGACUAACAUUUUCUAUGAUGUUUAUUCCCUAUCUACAAUCUAAUAAGCCAUUAGUUUGAAUUGUUGCCUGAGUUCCAUUGAUGGCACCUAGUGAUUCUAAAUUAGGCAAUUGAAAAAAGUUUCAUCUCUGGAUAGUAAAUUACGAUAGCACUAGCAAAGUAAUUUUGGUGAGAAUAAGCAGCUGAUGCAUUUAGUCAUAUAGCUACUGUUCUUCAUGAAAUGAGUGAACAUGUCAUUGGUUUCGAUAGGGUGAGAGAUGAUGAUGAUACUUGUUCUGAUUUUGGUCUCAUUUUCUAAUGGGAAAUUGCCUAAUACGGUUUGUAGUUUAAUGCAUCCAUAAUCAUAAGCAUAAAUAAAGUCAUUAGGAAACUGUCAUUAAUUUGCAAGCACUUAUUCUAGUGAUUUGAUAUAAUAUGGUAUUCUUGCUGUUCCACAAUCCUAAAAAGCUUCUAUUUGAAUACACUGCAGUGUUCUGCCUUUGAGGAGGCUUGCUUUGUUGUUUUUGUUCAUAUGGUGAAUAAUUGAACUACUUGUUUUGAAAACUUUGUUUGUGUAAAGAUUGAUGUACAAGAGUAGUGCCUGAUUUGGAAAUGAAUAGGCGUAUGAAUUUGGAAGACAGAUUUUAAGAUCUCUGUGUUAUCUUCUACUCAUUGCAUAGUAUUCAAGAGACAUGAUUAUUCAGUUGUGUAAAUUUUGAUGUUGUGGCUAUAAACACCCAGGGAGAGAAUUUAUUUAGUCCUUGCAUUUUCAUUUUUCCCCCUCUUUUUAUUAAUAGGAGUCUUUUAAAUCUUUUUAUUCUAUAUAACAUGGAAGGACAUGGUGAUUUUAUUUUAUAUGAUUGUGGUUGCAUUAAACUGUAUUAUGCAAUUUACUGUUAGAAAAUGAUUAUGCUUAUAGCAUUUGGUUUGUUAUAAUUUCAUUUAAUUUAACACAGUUGUGAAAUAAACUUUGCAGGGAAUUUUGGUGGUGACCAAAUGGAGAUUGAAGCAACAAUUGGUUACAAAUAGAUCUAUUAUUUUGUGGCAGAGGCUGUAGCACAUGCAACUUCUUUCCACAUAUUGACAUACAUGCAAAUUCUUGUAUAUCUGAUGGAGUCUUUCUUUAAUAUUUUGUUUUCAAGCUGGCUAUGUGUUUUAGUUGUUGCUUUGUAGGACUCUUGUCGCUGUUCCAACCAUGGAAAUGGUUUUAGUUUGAAAUUUCUUGGACUUGGAUUAAUUUAUUUUUAUUUUUAUUUUCUUGGCA